CCGGCGGACAGCAGUCUACGAAGCAAGUUCCGGGACUCCGCCGCCGCAUCGUUGCUGCUGCUGCUGCAAGUUCGGCGUUCCAGGUGUUUUGUAUUGUGCCGCCGCCGCCUCGAGCUGUGUGCCGCUCUGUAGUAGUAGUAACGGAGCAAGCCGUUGUCGGCGCGGACUCCCAGCUCGUGAUCGGCGGGGCGCGCGUGCGAUUGUUCUCGGAGCAGCUGAUCGUCCCGGCACCGCGACGGCGCCCGGAGUGUCAUGCGGGGAGAACUCGUGAGGCGGGGCCGGUCGUUCGCCGAGGCCCUCAACAGCCCGUUCCUGGUGGAGCGUGUUCAGAACUACUUCGGUGUUUACCGGCUGGCGGCGGCGGCGGCCAAGAACGGUCGCGUGCAGCAGAACGGCGCGCGCAACGGCUACGCGGCGAAGGCCGAGCGGCGGGGUCCCGACGCGUCGGUGCCGUGCCGUGUCGAGCGCCUCGGCUGGUACCACCUGUUCCGCUUCGGCUCGCUGCUGGGCUACGAGGCAUUCUACGCGACGUUCUUCCCGUUCAUCCUGUGGAACUGGGACGCCGUGGUGUGCCGGCGCGUGCUGCUCGUGUGGGCACUGGUCAUGUACUGCGGCGGCCUGGCCAAGGACCUGUUGCGCUGGCCCCGGCCGGCGUCCCCGCCGGUCGUCCAGCUCGACCGGGCGUACUCGGCCGAGUUCGGCAUGCCGUCCACGCACGCGAUGACCGGAGCCACCGUGCCUUUCGGACUGCUGCUGUGGACGCAGCAGCGCUACGAGUACUGCUACCAGGUGGGGCUGUGCGUGUGCGUGGUGUGGUGCACGUUGCUGUGCGUUAGUCGCCUCUACCUGGGCAUGCACACUGUGCUGGACCUGCUGGUGGGCCUGGUGGUCGCCUGGGCACUGCUGCUUCCGCUCGUGUCUGUAUCGGUGACCCUGGAGGCGUGGAUGCUGGCAUGGCCAUGGGGUGCCCCACUGUCUGCCGCACUGCUACUACUUGCGUACCCGGCGCCUCCACGGUGGACACCCGCGCGUGGUGACACGUGCCUCGUGGUUGCCACAGUGGCCGGCAUAUGGGCCGGCGAGGCACUGCUGCCCGUGGUGCUUGGCACCGCCACGCCCAUGCCCGUGAACCAAGGGGCUGGUGCCCUGUACACGGUCGAGUAUCCUUCUCUGCUGGGACUCGCAUUUAUUGUGGCACGGACAGUGGUGGGCCUCGGGGCGAGCGUCUUUGUCCGAACUGUCGUCAAAGCUGUGAUAUACCCACUGCUUUGUGGUCUGCAUGGCUGUGACCCAAAACUGGAGACAAGUCGGCAGAAGGGCACCAUUGAGCUUCCCUACAAGUACAUCACAUAUCUCUCCAUGGGGCUUACCAUGUCCUUGGGAUCUCCGUGGCUCUUCCAUCAGUUAGGCAUCGAGAGGGACAGCCUGCCCAUUCACCUUUGAAGGGCGCUACAUGGGUGCAAAGCCCAGCUGGCACUUGCCUUUUUAUGCCACUCGUUUCUGCAUAUGUGCAUCAUAUGGUGCGAUGUGGCAAUGUUGUGUAUAGUGCAAUACUACGGGAUCAGUCAAUGACCAAUUUUGCUGAUGUUGCCGUGCUAACUUUACAGACAGUGUUGUAUUUAUACAAGAUAUUUAGGUUUUUGUGUGUACAGCCAGUUUCUAAAACUCUAUAAAAUGGGACUGGUUCUGUGCCGUAAGUGGCAUUCUGCAAUGGUGUUUCGAAUCAAUGGAUUUACUGUAUUAAGGCGGCCUAAACUUCAGUUGCAUUCAUGGUUUUUCCAAGUUGACAGACCAUCAAGAGGUGCAAAAUGCAUUUCAUGACAUCAGUUGUGCGGCAUCCAAGAUGCGCCUUCAGUUGCAAGAAUAUGCAGUAGACUGCUGUGCAGUUUUUGAAUUAGUCUUUGCCACAGCUGACUCCCACGUAAAUUAAAAAUUAAAAAUGAAUAUUGUGGGGUGAGCUUUUUUGAAGCUGCAUAGUUCGUCAUGAGAGAAGUCAUAGUGGGAGGCGGCAUACUAAUUGUGACCUCCUGGGGUUCUGUAACUUGCACCCAAAGCACAGCGCACAAGUGUUCUUUCAUUCCACUCCCAUCUGAAUGCGUCCGCCACAGCUGGCAAUCAAGCCUGUGACCUCGUUCUCAGCCAUUGAGCCAUCGCAGCGAGAGCCCAGCAUGGAGAAAUCUAUUUUAAAUGUCACUGUGGCGCAUGUCAGCAAUGUUGGACUCCUUCAAAGUGGCUCUAUUUGAACCUAAGUUCCAGGCUGGUUCUGUGGGCAAGAACACAUUCACAAUGUUCUGUAGAGAGUGCUAUGGUUUCAUUUCUUUGUAUGCAUUUCUUCUUUUCCUACUUUUUGCAGUGCAGUACCAACAAGUCCAAUCAUUCACUGUUGCUUUGGUAGUGUAAAAGAAAGUCCUGCAGCUUUUCUUUCUUUUUUUGUUUUAGAUGCAGGUAGCUCAUACGGCAUGCUAUGUUACGUCCAUCGAGUGUACUAUGUCAGCAAAUUCAUCAUUUUUCCGAGUCAGUGGGCACAAAUUUCCUACAAGUGGCUGUCACGAUGCAUACUUAAGUGCCUCAGUUGCUCCUGCUGCUCUUGGAAGAUCGACUAUCUGUGACAUUGUUCUGCUGGCGAAUUGUGUCAGCAUUGUUGUUAUGGACGUCUCUUUAUCUCGGCUCCAUGUUGGAAUGGUUGCUGGUCUUGUUAUCACGUGUGUUGCUAUGUUUUAUGCCACAGUGCCACCAGUUUUCACUGCCAUAAACGCUUUGAUGGGCAUCAGUGUUGGUAACUUAUUGAGGAAGUGGCUAAAUUUAGCGAGUUUUAGUCACUCUUGACACCUUUGGCUUUUGGAGUCCUGAUGUCAUUUUGAGUGACCUUUUUAGUGCAAAAUAGUCAGUAAAUGGCCCUGGUACAAUUCUUCAGAAAACCUUGGCGAAGUUCAAUGCCUUGACCCCAUUUUAUUUCAAGGGCUUCCACGUGUCGCUCCUUACAAAGACAUACCAAAGAGCUUAUUAGUUAGCCAUCUGGGAGCAUGAAAGAUGGUUUUCUAGGCAAAGCACAUGAGACGUGUUACCGUUUUAGAAAAUUGGGGUUGUUUUUUCUUUUUACAUUCAGUUCCUUGACUUGCCACUGCAGAAGGUAAUUUUAAGCUGUAGUAAAAAAAAUAAUUAAAAAAAUGUCUAGGAACAAUUAAAGCAAGAAAGAAUGACAUAGAAUGGACUGUUUUAGGCUGCUACCUGGUGACUUUAUCCAGUAAAAAAAGUUACCAACACUGAUGGCCAUGGCCCACUAGGGCAGCAGCCUGAGCACAUUGGAAAUCCAUGCUGUCCUAAGAAUUAGUGCAAAGUAAAUGUGCACACGUGUGCUUAUAUGCGUACAACUGUGAAUGUGUGCCUCAAAAGUUUCGCUAAUGUUUAUAGCAGCAUUGUUGAAGUGGCUGCUGUCACUUGUGAACACAAGUUUCGGCUGUGAUUGUUGUUUCGAAGGAAGUGCACACAUAACUUUCAAGCCCAAAGGAGGUACACGGACAAAAAGACAAGGGCGUUGAAUGUUGUGAAUAAAUAUUGCCCUAAUUCACGUUCUUUCUUUCUACGAUGUGUGCAUCUUAGUGCUUUCAUUUGAGACGAUGUGAAGCUUUGACCUUGCACUGGUAGUCAUUUGCUUUUGUUUUCCUUUGAGAUAUGAACAGAUACCCUUCCCACUGUUAUUGUCCCUUAAUUUUAUCAGUGCACCAGACUAUUUUUUGGGCUAAUAACAAAUACGAGGGCUUCAGUAAGCUGAAGGGAAAUUGGCAAUACCUUGUGUAUUACAGGAUAACCUGUGUAUGCGUGUGUAGACAGGUUUAGUGGAGCAUUUUAACAGCAGAAAUAUUAAAAUCACUACACGUACACCUCGAAACUCGCUUCUCUUGUAAUGGCAUAUUGACUUUUUAUUUUUAUUUGCAAAUAUUGCUACUUAUGUCUGUUUUGUGCCUGUCUUUCCUGCAGUUUUAUUGAAGUCUGGAGUGCUGUAAAAAGCAUGCUCUAUUUUCUUCUGCAGGGAAUCUACAUUCUCGUUGUCUUUAACGCUCUACAAUAAGCUCGUAUGGCUGUUAAUGAACCUACUAGUAAUGCAUGUUUGCCUGCUGAAUUUCAGUGCAUGGUGUUGAAAGUUACGCUUUCAAGUUUGAGCCUUAUAAAAUUGUAAUUAAGAAGCUGUGGCGACUGCAGCAGCUAUUGCAGCUGUGCUAUUGUUCAGCUGGGCAGAGACAAGGUUCUGGUAUGAAUUUCACCAGGGUGCACAUGAUAGUCCACAUUUUAGUUUUGAUUAUAGCCAGAUUAGUUGUACACAAAUCUUUUAUACAUGACAGGAAUGAUGUGGAUCACAUUUAAUGCUCUUUUUUAUAUCAGCGUUACUUGUAUGAGGCAACCCAACAUUGCAGAAUUUUUCAAAUAGCUCAGACUUCAAGCUUCAAAAUGAGCUCUCAGUAUCUGCAUUUACCAAGAGACUCCAAUGUCAAGACAAGCAGCCUACCGAUACCCUCGAAAAGAGCAUAACCAAUGGGGCUUGCAGGAUAACAAGGAAACUUGGGAACAUAAUGACCCCACAACGAGUACAAAUUGUAGCAUAAUUAGAGAUCAAAUAAGUGAGACAGAGGCUCGUUGAGAUAAUAGAAUGAACUGGAGUGUGGCUGGUCAUGUAACGCUUGGAGCUGAUUACUGCAACAUAAUUGGCACCAAGCAAAGGCAGAAUGGCAGAUUAUGUAGCUGAUGUCGUUGUAUGUUCAUGAAGAUCAUUUGCUUUUCGUAGAUGGGCUGUUUGCCUAGCUAGGGAUGACUUGCAAUGGUCCUCAAGUGCAACAUACUAAAUAGCAACAGGUGCAUAGCAACAGGACCACUGAGCGACAAAACAACACAGGCUCUUGGUAUUAGCGUGCUGGCUCUGAGCAAGACACCUACUGACAUAUUUACAUAUCACAGUACACUCCAGAAUUGUUGGUCCUGCAUGACUACAUGCAAGAAUGUACAACAGCGUUCACAUUGCGUGCUCUUUCUGAUUAAAUAAGACUCUUUCACUACAGAAUCUGCAGCCACAUUUGAGAAUGUGUCAAAUCGAUAACAGUGACAAUCAAGCGAAGGACAGUCACCACCAAAGAGCAAAACAAUGUGCCUUUGAUAAUACGUUAAUUAGAUGGAAGAUUACUGGCACUGUUUGGACCUAGUCUAGAGGUCAAGAAUUUCAAAGUGUGUGCGUUUCCUUAGGUGAACUACACAGCAUCUGUUGUUCUCCAAUGAAGAAGAGCAGCCACCAACUUUUUAGACGCAAGUCAGAAAGUUAAAUCAUAAUUGAAUCAUAAUGCACUUUACAAAUUGCAUAUUUUUAAAGUUAGUGUUAAACAGGAAAUGUUCACUUGUCAGUGCAAGUGAACGUUUAAAAAACGAGAUGCUUGCAUGAUCUCGCCCUUGAUGACUGAAUUAAAAAAAAAUAUUGUGUAACUUAAAUAUGCACAGUUCAAAGCUUAAUGCAGCUAUAUACAAGAAACAGCACAGAGAGAACCAACUGAUUUUAUCUACAGAAACACUUAUGUAGGACUGUGCAAUGAAAACACCAAGAUGAAAAGUACUGAAGCACCGUUGUCACCUAAUCGCACAGCAUGAAACCACUGCCACUUCUAGGUCAUAUCAAAGGCACAUGCUAUGUUCAAUUUGACUCUUUAUUGGUGAGGGCAAUUGAUGGCACGCCUACGCACAUACUAUUGCCACAUUGCGCCAUCUUGGUAGCCCCAAUUAUUUCUCUUGUGGUUCCUAAGCCCUUCCUGUCUACAAUUACGCAGCCACAUGCACUGCAAUGUACUGCCAAGUGCCCUUUUAUGUCCUACCGCACAUUAUUGCCAUGUUCAUGCAGGCGGUCAUUCCCGUAGCUUCUAUUCUGCCCAACAUGGUAGUCAAACCUCGAUAUAAAGAAGGUGUAUUUGCAGCAAAAAAGCUUUGUUAAAUUGCGAAUUUCGUUAAUUCGAGGCUUUAAAGUUUCAGUCAAAAUAAUUUCACCGAUUCCCAGGACAUUACUGAUGUAUAAUAUCUUGUCAUUAAGAACUUAUACACAAAUCGUAAGAAGGUCGGGCCAUAAUAGUGCUGUUACGAGCGCCAGUGCGUGGGGUCCAGAUUGCGCCGAGAGCAAUGCAUCGGCGUAGCUCAUGGAGUCCGAGAUUUGCCAUUGUUGCGUAGCGUGGUGCCUUAAAUCUUGGACGCCUUUGCUGACUGCACUAUUGCCCGAAGCCGUCUUCAGAUGGCACCCACAAAUUAAAGACAAAAGUGUUAGAAUAUACUGAUAUUCGUCCCGAUAAAAAAAUUCCGACAGAAAGGCAGAGCAUUGAUAGCGAUAGCAAAGUGACAACUAUGCGAAGUAAGCUUGUUUAUAGUUUUAUUGAUGUCAUUCGCGCUAAAGUAAACAAGAACAGGUCUGCUACUACUACUACUAUUAAGUGGUUCGUUAUGAGAAAAGGAAAGGUUGGCGCUAUCUUCUGCAGCCCUAAAGGGAGCACGGCUCUGCGCCUAGGUCUCACUUGGUGACCACAAACAGUCGCAGUAACAAUGCGAGUGAACACUUCCACACCAAGUAACUUGAGAUUAUGCGACCGCCAACACUUGACACGCGGGAACACAAUGUGCACAUGGAAAGCCAUGCGCAGCCACGGCAGAGGAGGAGACUUGUGCUAGGGGGAGAGGGCAGAUGGAUAUGCCGCACGCGCACUUCGAUGACGUUCUUGCCGCUUAAACUUAUCAUGCGGCAGGACGCUUGCAAAGAACUUUCGCCUCGGCCGACAUUUCUAGUUUUUUGCUCGAUUUACCAGCCAUACAGGUUCCAAGUACAUACUUCAGUUGGCUGAAAACUGCUAAAUUGAAACAGUGUCACAAAAUUUAUUCAUUAAAUCGCAACAAAAAAAAUUGUUUUCAAUGAAACUAAGAUUGGGAUAGCAUACUAGUUGGUUACAUCGCAAAUUUCGUUAGGUCAAGGUUCGUUAUAUCGAGGUUUCACUAUUUGCCACAGAAAAGUGGAAUCUUGUACACGAUGCCUUCUGUGCAUCUGACAUGACUUCCUAUGUUUAUUCUGGCAGCCAUAUGGUACUAAGCCUUCCUGGUAUUUUGUUUUGCAUAAGCCCAGUAGCUUUUUGGGGGACCAAGAACUGGACAUACAUUCACACACAGAACUAUUUGGGGCCAUGUUAUGAGGCCUGCAGCACAAGGUGCCCGUUCUGCCUUAUACCCACGGUGUCACUAUUUAUAGAAAGCAUGACAGAUGCCUAACGCAUAUAGAAAGCGUGACGCACAUUGCAUCUGAUUUAUUUUUCAUCAUCAUAGUACAUAUUCUAAUACUGGUGUCCCAUGUGCAAUUUCGGUCCUGAGCAGGCCUCACUAGAUCGCGAUCGAAGGUUCACCAUGUGACCAAGGUAUAAGAUUCAGCUGUCCUGUGCUGUCUUGGCACACGAACAUUGGGAAACUAAGAUGUUGAAACAUGAUUGCAUGCAAAAUGUCUGAAGGUUAAUUUGUAGAAAGCUGUUGCUAAGGGUUCAUUAGCGUCAUUUCUAUCACUCUCGAUCUUUAAUAGUAAAUAGUGCUUUUUGAAUUCCUUUUAUUGAAACUUCUUUGUUAAUCUUGAUUGUUUAAGCAGAUGGUCUGGCCAUAUUGCGUAGAGUUUUGACAUGAUUUACACUGUGCUACCAGCGAAAGUGUUAUUUGAGAGCUGUCAUUUCCUCUUUUAUCAUAUACAAGUUAUCAUGCCCAUGUUGUAUUAUACCUAAAUAAAAAUUGGUGUCGUGUGAUGCUGAGGAAUACUGCUAAAACGUGAAUAGCUUGUCGUUUUGCCAUUUGAAGUGGGGUUUGCAAUGCUACUAAAGAAUUAGUCUUUUUUUGCUCUUAACAUGCAUCAUGUUCAAAAUAGGCUGUAGGAAUGCUGCUAAAGAAUGCUAGACAACAUGCAUACAUACUGAAUGAAACAUACUAAUUUGCAUGCUGGAAAAAUUGUCAACUUUGUCCUUGCCGCAAACAAGUUAAUUCUUAGUGCUUUUAUUUUUAAUUGUUUUAUGCUAAGAAACAUUUGCUGCAACAUGUGCUGUGAUACAUCAGAAUGUAGCUUAAUCGUAGGAGUUUUGAAAGGAAAAGCAGAAGUAAUCUCUCAACAAGUUGUUUAAUAUUGCAUAUGAAAUUGCAGAGUCACCGUAGACUGUUGAUAUUGACGUUGUUGAAAUGGUGCGCUUGUCGUAUGGGAAAGCCCUUCAAUCUGUAACUGCAGAGAUCAUAUCUGUGUCACUAAUGUCGCCAAAAUGUCAUCAACCACUGACCCCCUUCAGGAUGUGCAGAAAUGCAUAUCCUGUAGGAUAACAUCUAAAAAAAGCAGUUGAUGGCUUUUAAUGCAAAGGUAAUAAAGCUUUCACAAGAAAACCACAA